ACUUGCAACAGUUAUUUAUUAAGUGUUGGUUAAUAUACAUAAAGAUACAGAAUAAAAAAAAUGUUUUGCGCUCUAUUGAAAAGAAUGCACAUGUUUUCACACGCUUGUUUAUAUACAUGUUUAUCUGGUAUCUAACUUGUUGGAUUAGUCAUAAAAACUUAGGCAACCUACGUAAAAGGGUAGGUAUUGUAAGUUAAAUCAUGUAAUAUCUUAACAUGUAAGACUUUUAAGGGCGCACGAAGACAAGUACAAUGUAAAUGCAUAAACGACGGAACCGAGAUGUCAUGUUAUAAUAGUGGUUAUGUUGUGUGAUACGAGUAAAAAGCUAAUUCAAACGAUCAAUUCAUAAUGAGCUUAAAAUUAAAGACUUUUAAACCGGAGUUUCUUCUUCUUUAUUUACGUAUAACUGUCUGUAAACGAUCAUCCGUUUAUGAACAUAACAUGAAACGUUUUACAAAUAGCAUAUAGAGCUUAUAUAUAUCAAAAUAAAAGUAUUUGCGAAUAGCAUUUUUUUGGACGAGCCUUAUUGAAUUUUUGCCAAAUUGGAGAUUGUUUAAGAACGUAGACAAAAUUAGAAUUAUGGUGGUGUUGAUUAAUUGAAUAUGGGCGGAAUAUUCAUUAAUCAAUUAAUUGAUUAAUUUUGUAAUAAGUAAUAGAAAGAGCACUGAAACACGAGGUUAUCUGAUUUGUACGAGGGGGCGUAGCCCCCCGAGUAUUAAUCAGAUUACCGAGUGUUUUGGCGUUCUUUCUCUUUUGUAUCAUAGUCAAACAUAAAAGCACGUUCCCUGUUGUUACAAUAUGAAACCCCGGCAAAAAUGAACCAAUGAACGAGCAUCUAAAUAUGACAUUUCUGUCGAUUUCACUUUCACUGCCGUCACAAUAUGUAAACCCCAGCAAAAAUGAGCCAAUCAAUGGGCAUGCUCUGGAGUGCGGGUAACUAAUACCCGCACUCCAGUUACCGCACGGUGCAUGUAUAUGUAUACGAUUUAACCCUGACACAUUUUCAACAGAAAGGUCUCCAAACUAUGAUACAAAAAGAAGAAAGAAGUGAGAACACUUCAACAGUGACAGGAAAAACGUCAAUGGGAAAUAAGGUUGUGAAAUUGGCUGACAUAUUGAAAUCUGGAACAAAUUAAGGAAAGAUAGCCAUGCUAACAGUUCUUGUUUCAACAUGCAGGAUGGUUUUGGAUGUAAUGUAAGAGGACUCCCAGUUUAGUCAAGUGCGUUGAAUUCUGUGUGAUAACGAAAAAGUGUUUGAAGAGUCAUGAUAAUCUGGCUAUUGUGACAUUGAUAUCAUGUGUUUUAAGACUAAAUAAUGACUUCUAUUCAAGUACUUUGUUUAAGACUUUUUAUGACUUCUGUUUAAGACUUUGUGCAUACUUUAUCGAAUUAAUUCUAGUAACAUGAAUAUUAAGUGCCUGACUCAAGGAUAUAUAAAAAGGAUAUAAUCAUCAAGAGCUACAUGUAUAUGAGUUUAGUGCCACAAGAAGGUGCCCAGUGACACAUUUUAAGGAAAAUUGUAGAAUGCUACUUGUACUGGUUUUAGUUACCAUGGCAACAGUUUUUACAGCAACCAAUGCUAGGUGCAAAUGUCUGUGCUGUGGGGAUCUUUGUGGGAAAGUCUUGAUUUUCCUGAUGUUUAUCUUAACUGUGUGUAGUGCAAUUAACAAUACAACUGAUACCCAAGAUGUAUGUAAUAGUAAUGCAAUUACCCCAAAGUCAGCGUUAUUUCUGGAAAGUGAGGACAUUGUUUUAACAUGUAGCAUACCAGGUGUCCCAGCUGAAAAAUUAGCUUUUGUCAAAAGUGGAGAAACAGAAAUGAUACCAGAGGAGUUUAUUCAUAAAGUGAAUGCAACAUCAAUAAAGAUGAUAAUACCAGAUGUUACAGCACAGGAUAUAGAUGAGACAAAAGACUCGACGCAAUAUAAAUGUGUGAAUAAAUCCAAUAUCAAUCAAUGCUAUGAUAAUGUACAUGUCCGACUUGAGUACUACCCUCGUGAACCUGUGAAUCUGGACUGUCGUAUAUAUGAUUUUAAAGAGAUGACAUGUACAUGGUCCCUAGGUGUUGAAUACCACCGGUCACAUGACGUUGAUGUAAUAUGUGAGACUGCCAGUUUUUCAUUCAAAAGUGAUAUUAAUAGAGCAUCUUCUUGGGCACCUUGUCCUGACCAGAAUAGAACAUCAUGUCACUGGAACUCUGACAACUAUCUUGGGCCAUUCAUGAUCAUUACAAAGGUGUCUGUUACAGCAAUAGAGAAAAAUAUCACCAAGGAAACAACCAAAAAGUUCUAUCAGUAUGACAUUAUGGUUCCCGGACCUGUAAAAGAGUUGUCGGUACGAAGGGCUCAGGGAGAAAGGUGUGUACAGUUAGACUGGCAGCCUACAAUCAAAUACUACAAGUUCCGGUUCAAUGUAUCCUACAGCUCGGCUUGUACACCAAAGCAGAGUUUCAUGGUGGCAUUUAAUGGUAGCAGUUUUGACAGUUAUAAAUUUACUGGUGACCGUAUCAUAUGUGGGGUCACUCCACACACAGAGUACACCUACACUGUGAUUGGUCAGCUGAUAGAAGAGAAAGAACUAGACAAUAGAACAUUACUACCAAGGGGUUACUGGAGUGCUCCUACCAUAAUAACACAGCACACAGACAGUGAUGUUUUGGAUGUUAACCCUAAAUUGCCCUCUGGGAUGUAUGAUAUCUCAAGCUCCACUAAACCAGGCUUUGAUUCCCUAGGUGUAUACUGGACACCACUGGUAGAUUGUGUCUUACAUGAUGCAGCUGAAAAUGUUUUCUACAAGCUAACUACCUACAACAAGACCUACAACAAAACUGUACAUGCUAAACAUCCAAAAUCUUAUAUAUCAAUUGAUAUUCCAAGAUCCACAAUGCUUACUGUAACACUGCAGUCAGUCAACAGUAUUGGGCCAGGGCCAUCUCCCUCAGUUAUAACUGUAUUUCCAGCAAUCAAAGGUCCAAAUCCAUUCCAACUUGUUAUUGAGUACAAUAAGACUGGCGAAAUAUGUGUAAGAACAGCUGAAAUCAUUGUGUCGGAACAUAAGUCAAACAUUUCUGAUGUGUUUCAUACAUUAGUGUGGUGCCAGGGAACAAAACAAGUCUGUCAGGAACCAAUCAAAAGGAAGCAGCUGAGUAGUAAUAGAACAUCCUUUAAAUUUGAUGGCAACAAAUGUGAUAUUGACUAUCGCUAUGGUUUAGUCACCAAUGGUUUCCAUAAAGGUCAAGGUCAGAUUAUUGAUACAGGAAUUCAGUGGGAGCCAUGUAUUUAUCAUUUGGGGAUAGUUCCAGAAGUACCUCUAAAAAAUGUCCACCUGACAGAAAUACAACCAGAUAAUGGAUUCUCGGUGGAAUGGGACAAUUACAAUUGUGAUAAUGUGAAAGCUUAUAUCAUCAACAACAUGGUUACAUACUGUGUGGGACAAGGGUCAGACAAAUGUAAAUGUACAGAAGAUGAAGUUAGUGUCAACAUUUCGAGACAGAUCAGUAGUUACACUGCCAGAGAUCUGAAGGCUGGUAACCAGUACUGUGUCUGGGUGAGAGGGGUCAGCAAGGCAGGCAGGGGACCAGCAAAUACUAAGCCAUUAGUACAUGUAGUAACGGCCAAGCUUGAGACUUCAUAUACAGUGGUUUUUGUAAUAAUAGUGGUGAUUGUUGUUGUUGGAGUGCUGGCUAUAAUUAUUAUAUGUGCUUAUAAAAAGUACCAGAAAUGGAAAGAUGAAUGUAGUCAAAUUAGAGUAAAUGAAAUGGAAGGACAAAAUCUUCAUCUAUUAGAUGUUACAUCAUUAUCCAAUGAAUCAUCUAGCAACCAGCAUGCUGGUGAAACUGCUGAAGAACCAGAGAAACCCAGUGAAAGGAAGUACUCUAUUGGUGACAUAAUAGAUGUGCUUAAAACGGAGGAUGAUGAUCUGAAAGGGAAUUAUCAGAAUCCCACUGAUAUAGAUUCCUAUAUGAAAGCUCAAUCUGUUUCUGACCACACAUGUGAACCUGACGAUCAUGAUAAUGAAAGGGCACCUCUAAUUGCAUCCGAGACUAACGAGUCUGAAACAGAAAACACUAUUGUAAAUGAUUUAUGUGAUAAAUUUACAGUGAUAAAUGGUCGUUCUUAUGUAAAUAGAUAUGAUAGAAACAAUGAGGAACGGGAUCACUAUAAAAGUAUAAGUAGUGUUUUAUCUGAUGCUCAUAGUGAGCAGACAGGUGUAAGCAUGGAAGACUUACUUUGUCACAGGUAUAGUGCCGAUGUUAAUGCUAUGAUAUCAACUUUAAAUGAUAUGGGAACAUGUUUGGAAAAUCAUCCUAAGGUAACACAGGAAGGUCAAAGAACAACUGAGACACUAAAAGAGACUGGUAAAGAUGAUGUUAAUGAUCAUGGAAGAGAGACUGACAAGGAGUAUGAUAAGGAAAAUGCUGGACCAUUGAAUAAUUGUAGAGAUAUAGUUUCUGGCUUAGAAGAUGACAAUAAAGUUAACACUACUGCUGAUGGUGAAAAGUCCGAGAUUGAGAAAUGUUCCAUUGAGAUUAUAAGAGGAAAUACAAAUGAGAUUAAGUCUGAUUUAAGUGUUGAGGAUAUUGAUGAUGUCAUAUGGGAUUCUGGUGAUUGUACUGACUUAUUGGGUCAGUAUGGAAAACACAAACAAACUUCUGAUGUUGUUUCAGAAGAUUCCUUUAAGCUCAUAAGUGAUGAUGAUCUACAUAAUGGGGGUAAUGUUAAUCUCAUAAACUCUGAAAGUAAGGAUACUGCUGAGAGUACAGAUAAUGGCCCAACUCAAAAUCAUGAAAAAGAGGCUACAGGUAAGGGUAUUGAUUAUUCAAGGAUGAAUGGAAAUGUGGAAAGAGACAAAGAAAAUUGUACUGAUAAAGAACACACAGGAGACAACGCAAACAAACAAUCAAAGAAGAAUAAUCCUACAUGUGAUUUGGAGCGUAUUGAUGACCAAAUUAAAAACAAACGUGUUGCCAAUAUUCUGUCUAAAAAUUCCAAUGGUUUGAUAUUAACUAAGAGUGAUAUUUCCUCAGAUAAGAAUAGAACCUCCGUGGGUUCUAACAGUUCCAAUGAACUGCAGUCAGUGGCAAGCACCGAUAAUAGCGGAACAUUGCACAGUUAUGUCACUGCGGGGAAUGACACAUCUGGAGAACCCAUUCAUAACAUUAGUGAUCAUGAUACACAGUCAGGAAAUAUAAAGAGUAAUACAAAUAAUCUUAAUGGAGGAGUAAACAAUUAUGAGCUAAUUCAGGAAUGUAAAUGAUUAAACACUUUUUUUACAAAGUCAUAACGAUUUUCUAAAAAGUUUAUGUUAGAUUGGACAGCUUUGAGUUGACAGGGUAUUUGUAUUCUUUUGCUCAAGCAGCCAGUGUUUAUUAAUAGGAUAUUGGAAUUUGGGUUCAAGGUUAUAAAACGUCUUUCUGAGCUCUGCCUCAAGUCUCAGGAUUUCUAUUUUGUCAGUUUACAUUCUGCACAUUUUCUGACCAAUCAAAUACAUAAGAUCUGAGUUUGGCUUAGAAGUUUUAAACUGGACAGAAGUGUUACCAGUGGCAAAAGCAGACCUUUGUUCUACAGUAAACAACUUUUUCACUAGUAGCUGCCAAAUUGGGAAAAGUAAUUAUACAAACAGAAUGUUGCCAAAUCAUGAGGGGAAAAUUUACAAUACAUAUAUAAUCUUAUGCCAUCCCUAUUGAGCUAAAUGAAUAUGCCUGCCAUAUUGAUUACAUGUAUAUUACCAUAUAGAUUUUAUUUUUGAUAUUUUAAGAAUUUUUUUUCACAAGUCUUAUAUAUUAAAGCUAAAGGUAAUAUUGUGUGCACACUUAAUCAUUUAUUUCCCCAAAGUUCUAAAAGACACAUUAUGCCUCAAAAACAUUUUUUUUCCUUCUUUAGAAUGGGUAAACAUGAGUUUUAUGAUGUUAAAAUAAUGGAUUUAGAACAUGUUAGAUGCUUAUUACUUAAAGAAAUAUUUGUAAUAAAAGAAGCAAAUUGUAUUUUUAACAAAGUAGUAUUUCUACUUCCAUACAAAAUACUCAAUCAACUGUACAAAUUCCCAAAAAGCAACAGAAACAAAUAUGAUUUGGAUAAUUUGCCAAUGAGUAACUGUUUUGGAAACUAUUACAGGAACCCAAAUGCAUCUUUUGAAAAAUAACAAACAUUUUUGGGUCAUGAUAUGUUGAAAAUGACUUCACUUUAUUUAUUACCAAAGAAAACCUUAUUUUGUAUUUGUUUCUUAGGCUUUCAAACACUCAAAUAUGGUAAAAUGUCAAGUUAUUUUAAAUUUUACCUGUUCAUUGAACAUUUACACUUGGAUGGGCAAAAUGUUACUUUAACAUUAUUCAUAACAGUUUAUUUGUCAGAUCUGGGCAUUAAAAUCAUUACAAAGAUUAAUAUUUAGCUUCUAAAGCAUUAUAAUCUUGCAUUUGCUAUUGUUGCCAUAAUUAUAUUGUAUACAGAAUCCUUAUUAUGACAUGUUAGUUGCUUGAAAAUAUUGAAGGGUCUGCACACUGUAGCAGGCAUCUUUUUCUGUGUUUCUUGUUCUGCAAUUUUCUUUAAAAACACCCAGACAGAUCGUCGGUGGUUCUACUCAGAUGCUCGUUUGUGCCUGUAAGAAUGUAGUCAGGGGGUCACCUGAUGUCUUCCUCUACCAGUAAAGCUGGAAUGUUGCCAUAUACUGUGUUUGGUGCAACGUAACGCCCAGUCUAAAAAAAACAACAAUAUUUGUUAAUUAUGUUAACCUGACGGAGCUGAAAGUGAUAAGCCUUUGCCUCCAGUAUUAGACCAGGCCAGCCUGCACAUCCAUGCAGUCUGACCAGACCCUAUAAACUGUUGGGAUCUCAUUUUUUUUUCUAUUUUGAUAUUGAAAUCCCUUAAAUUUUAAAAGGACUGUUCCAAAUUCAGGGCUGGGCCAAUCCAAUACACAAAUUCAGCGGGUUAAGGGUUAAAAUCCCUCUUAAGAUAUUCUAUUGGUUGCAUUUUUACCUAUAUAUGUACAAUGUAUUAAAAGUUUUUAGAGGUGACAGUCAGGAAAAUUCCUAGAUAUUGCCUGAAAGUGUGGUCUGUUAUAAAAGUGUGAAGUGCAUAAUACCAUUUUUAUUUUAUUUUAUUUCAUUUUUUUCUUUUUUUUCUUUUUUUUUGGGGGGGGGUCAUUUUUUAUCAUUCAUAUUUUUACUAACUUGGUCACCUAUAUGUUUCUUGUUAUACUGCUUGAUUUUUGUGUUAAACAUUUUUACAACAGCUUGUUACAUAGUUAUUUAUUAGGAGUGCAACAGUACAGUGAAACCUUUUUGUCACCUAUUGUGAUACAGUCAACCCAUUUUGAAAUACACAUUGCAAUAUGUUUAUUUUUUAUUAAAAACAAUAUUAUUCUAAAUUUGUUUCUUCCAACAUUUUUAAAGAUUUUCAAAUUAUCAAAUAGCUUUUUUAUUUAAAUAUAUUCAAAUGUUUAAAACACUCCUAUGUCUCUAAACAAUCAAAACUAAAGGUGUGUGAACAUUCAGAAGGUGGCAGUUCUUGAAAAUGUUGCAGAAAUAAAUCUUUGUACAUUUUAAUCAAAUAUUAAAGAAAAUAAUUAUAUUGUUUCACAAGGGUUUGGUACCACUGUAUAUAUGGGCCGAAGUUGUAUUGCAUAUGUUUCAUUAUUAUUCAGUGUAUUGUUGCAUCACUAAUAUUUAUACAUUUUUUUACAACAAAAGGCAUUAAUUUUCUCUUCUUGUCAUUUAUA